AGGAAGGAAGGAAAUGGAGGGCCACAGGCACAGGGAAAACCCCUCCACCUGGACACUCACCUCCCCAAACCCAAUUUAGCUACUACUUAGCCUCACAGCGGUAAAGAAACAGAAUUUCUAUGUUCUAGACACAGACAUCCACAGACCCAAUAAUAAUCCUAUUAAUUUAUUAUUAUUAUUAUUAUUAUUAUUAUUAUUAUUAUUAUUAUUAAACACAAAGAGAGGGAUCGCCAUUUCUUUCUUUCAUUCUUCUCCUUGAUUCUCUGUGCAUCCAUUUUCGGUUGUUGGGUCUUUUGCGUUUCCCUAUUUUGCCCUAGGAGCUGUUGUUUAUUCUCGUUUCUGCCCCUGAAAUGGCUCUGCUUUCUGUUCUCUGGCUCUAUGUUGCGGUUUUGUCGUCGAUUCCAUUCCUGUUGGCGUCGGAAUUUAUUUGCCCUGAUGAAUCUGCUUUCUUUUUAUAUGAUCUUCAGUCUACAUGCCCUGUCUCUAUCUCUCCAAAUCCCCCUCUCGAGGUUGGCGAGAACUUCCUGGACAGAGCUUUGACUUCAAAACAGAGAACCUCAUAUACAUCUGUCCUCUUCUAUGCUUCCUGGUGCCCAUUUUCUCAAAAUAUGCGUCCUAAAUUUAGUAUGCUAGGUUCAAUGUUCCCUCAAAUUGAGCAUUUGGCUAUUGAGCAAUCUUCAGCCCUCCCGAGCAUGUUUUCAAGAUAUGGAAUUCAUAGCUUGCCAUCAAUAUUACUGGUCAACCAGACAUCUAAGGUGCAAUAUCAUGGGCCGAAGAAUCUCCAAUCGCUUGUUCAAUUUUAUGAGAUAACAACGGGACUCAAACCAGUUCAGUAUUUUGCUGAAGAUGAGCUAAGAAUUUUGGAUGCUCUUGAAGACUCAAUCAUGCAACCAUGGGAUGGCUCUUCCAUGGAGGAGAUGAUGAAAAGGGAAAGCUACUUAGUAUUUGCUAUGUUGUUCGUUUGUAUACGAGUACUGCUAUUUAUAUCUCCAAAGGUUUUAUCUCAUCUCAAGGCUUUCUAUGGGUCAUAUGUUCCUCAUUUCAAAUUGGAAAUAUUUGGUGAGACGAGUCAAUUGUUUGGCCGUAUCCUGCAUAUGAUUGAUGUGAGGAGGAUUUGGACCAGGCUAAGAUUAUGCAAGAUGAGGAAUCUCCAUGAAGGCACCAAAAAUUUCCGGGUUUGGGCUUCUUCCCUUGCUUCUGUUUCAUUGGGUAAAUCUUCAUCAUCAGCCAGGUCACAAUCCUAACACAGAUGCCAUCUUCCUGUGGGAUAUGAAUGAGAUCAGAAAGGGGCUUAACAAUGAGAUAAUGUAUAACAACUCUUUUGAUGCUCAGGUUUCUCUCUCUCUCUCUCUCUCUUCCCCCCUCCCUCCUCCCCCCCUCCCCUCUUGAUAAAAUUUUAUUAUAGUUAGUAAUGAUGAUGAUAGCUCAAGCUGUUGUCCUUUGUUUGAGUUUUGGGAGGAAGUAAAACAGGCAUGUAAAUUUGAGAACAGCUUUUCCCUUCUUGUAUAUUAUGUCAUUUGAGAACAGCUCUUCACACAUCAUUGGAACCUAAGUAUAUGAUGUGCUUUCUGUCUC